AUGGAGAGUAAUGGAACUUCCACUAGUCAGUUGUUGCAGAAUAACUUGAAACGAACGAAAACUCCAGUGAAUAAUCGUAUGAGGAUGUCUAUAUUAGAAUUCACAAAAACCCGCAGAACCAACUCACAGUUGCCGACCUCAGAAGAAAUAAAACAAAUGUCAUCGACAUUUCUUGCAAGUAAAAAGAGAAGCUCUGAAAUUUCUCCUGACAUUAUAAAGGUUAAGUCAGAAAGGACAAUAAAACUGCCUAGGCUCAAGCUUAAAAAAGCUUUAGAUGGGCUAAAUACAGGGGAAAAUUGGUUUAAAGAAGAAGAGGAAUUGGAUCUUUUAGAUCACCAAGGAGCGACGAGAUUUUCAUCAAGACCAAUGGAGCAUUCACAAAGAAAAUUAUGCUUGAGUUGUUUAUAACUUCCUAUAGGAUAGGCUUUAUUUUAUAAUAAAAUAUAAUAUGUUAUUGCAGUUAUAACAGUAUAUUCCCUUCUGCUGAAAUUAAAGUUAAUGAAUUUCCUCAAUCUAUCUCAGAGAGAUUUGGGCAAAUUGAUCCUAACAAAGACCAAGAGCUAGCCAAUUAUUUGGUGAAUUCUAAAAAUGCGUUUAAAACGAACUGGUCCAAACAUAUGAGCUUGAAAAACAGGAAAUUUUAUCCGAAUACUCAUCCGGAGUUUUAUUCAACUCAUAUGGAGUUUAAUAAGAAAAGUGAUAAUAUGGUUGAGUUUAGAGAAGCGAUGCUUCUAUGCAAAAAUAUGAUGAAAGAAGCUUGGAGUGUUAAAAAAUAA